CCCGUCAAGAUGUCGGGUACUAUAUUGGAGAAUUUAAGUGGCAAAAAGUUAAGCAUUUUAGUGGCAUCGCUUUUGUUCCUACAGUUCCUCUGCUUCCUGCUGGGUGGUCUCAUCGCACCGGUUCCGGCAAGUGUCCAGACAAUUCUAGCCACCAUUUGUAAGGAUGUACCUGGUUCGCACAACGACACCUCCGUAUGGCUCUAUUCGCGGGGCGAAGAUCGUUGCCAAAGUCUGGACCAUUUCGAUAUCGAGAGUGACGACAUGAAGAUGGCCAACCAGAUCGUGUUCGUCUUCCAAAUGCCACUGCCUCGCGAGGGCCGCCAGCUAGACUACUCACGCUGGCAGCAGAACUUGAUCGGCGUGCUGCAAACGGACAUUGCGUACGAUGCGAAUGUGCUGCACAAACCGCACACCAAGAUUACGAUCGAUGCACGGUUGGCGUACCGGAACAAGGGUGAUACCGAUCAGGACUGGAAGUAUCUGGCAUCGUCGCUUGAGGAGCGAGAUCUCGACUGUACCGCCAACAAUGUGACCGAUGACUAUCUGUACAACUGCAACACGAUCCCACUGUUCGAACUGGGUUCGCUGCAUCACGAUUUCUAUCUGUUAAACGUCCGUCUACCUGUGGAUAGUGAGCGACGCAUGAAUCUGGACAUUGGACACAUUAAAGAUUUGCACCUGUCCGUAAUCUAUCAGAACGGUGGCUUCACGAAGGUGUGGGUAUCGCUGAAGACGGUUUUCCUGCCGUUCAUCGUGCUCAUCAUGGCCUGGUUCUGGCAGCGUGUCCACCUGCUGCACCGUAAACCGGCACUGCUCGAAGAGAUGCUGUUGGCGUUGGGUUGUGCGCUUACCUUUUUGAAUCUGCCGUUCGAAUACUUUACGCUGUUCUUCGACAUGCCGUUUAUGCUGCUGCUGAGCGACAUACGUCAGGGAGUGUUUUACGCCACGCUGCUUUCGUUUUGGCUUAUCUUUGCCGGAGAACACAUGCUGAUUCAAGAGACGGGCGAAAAAUCGGGCGUCAAGACGUACUGGAAGCAUUUGAGCGCGGUGGCCGUCGGCUGUGUGUCGCUCUUUCUAUUCGAUAUGUGCGAACGUGGCGUACAGCUGCGGAAUCCAUUCUAUUCGAUUUGGGUUUCUAAAGUUGGUGCAAACGUUGCGCUGGGUUUCAUAAUCUUGGCUGGCAUAUCGGCGGGAUUGUACUUCUGCUUUCUUUGCUACAUGAUCUGGAAGGUGUUCUGCAAUAUCAAUAUCAAGCGCACAUCACUCCCCUCCAUGUCCUCCGCACGGCGGCUACACUACGAAGGCAUUAUUUAUCGCUUCCAGUUCCUGAUGUUGGCCACCCUGCUCUGUGCUGCUAUGACCGUGAUCGGUUUUAUCAUUGGGCAAGUUUCCGAGGGCCGCUGGAAGUGGGACGACAAUAUCGAUCUCGAGUUUACGUCCGCUUUCUUCACUGGCGUAUACGGCAUGUGGAAUAUUUACAUCUUUGCACUGAUUGUACUGUACGCUCCGAGUCACAAAAAAUGGCCCACCAACGAAACUACUGAAAACAUUAUGAGCGAAGAGAUCGAAUUUAGCAAUCUACCUUCGGAUUCGAACCCUAGCGAAAUUUCAUCCCUCACACAGUUUGCUCGCAAAGCAGCGCAAGACUAAAGUGGCCG